AUGACAGACGACGACCGCAAGGACCCACAAAAAAUAUUCUCUGCCUUCAUGGAGCAGCUCGAACCGGCAACCAACCACCGCGUUUGUAGACUCGAACUCAGCAAAUACCAACAAAAGCCAACUGAAACAACGGACAUCUUCGUUAACAGAUGCCGACUGCUAGCAAAGAAAUGCGACUUCACUGCCGACGAAGUAAACGAACGCCUCGUUGAGUUACUAAUUGCCAGCACGCCCAUACCCGAACUACAAAAGGAACUAUUGAACAAACCAAAGGGUUACAAAAUCGAAGAGGCUGUUAAAUUAGCCCGUUCACAUGAAGCAUCAGCAAUAUAUGUCAACCAACUCCAGCAGCUACAGGGACCACCACAGAUAGCCACAAUAAACCGUGGUACACACCAACAGCAAGGGUGUGACAGAAAAUACGGACAGGUUUGCAAAAAUUGUGGACGCAACCACCGUUUUGGCAAAGAACACUGCCGUGCCAAGAACGACACAUGCAACACAUGUGGCAAAGUAGGCCACUGGGCUACAGUCUGCAUCUCAGGGAAACAUAAGACCAAGAGACGACAAGGGAAAACCUGGUCUAAUUGUCGUAACCAGUCAAGACACCCACAACAGGAGUUUGGCAGGAAAGUCAACAGCGUCGCCAAACAAAACGACCAAGCCAUGACCGACAUAGACACAGCGAUGGAAAACCUCACCUUUAGCUCCAUCGAAACCAACAGUGGGAAAUCAUCAAAUAUGAAAGGCCCUCGAAAUGAGGCAUUUGUUGAUUUAAGCAUUAAGUUGGUGGACCACCCAGGCACUCAUACUUUCAACCUGAAGGUAGAUACAGGGGCACAAGCAAACACACUGCCUAUCCGCAUAUUCCGCAAGAUGUACCCCACCAGUAUAGACAAGGCUGGAAAUCCAAUACCCGGAUCACUAACCUCAACACAAUGCCUACUAACAGCCUACAACAACACAAAGAUAAACUGUUAUGGCACCACAAAUAUUAGGUGCAAAUACAAGAACUCUCCAUGGAUGGAUACCCAAUUCUACGUGGUUGAUGUUCCAGGAGCAGCCAUAUUGGGCCUGCCAACAUCAGUAUCACUUAAAGUAGUGACAAUGAACUGUGCUAUAUCAGUCCAGCAACAACCCAUCAACAGUGUAGCUGACCUAAUGCGCCUCUACCCUGACAGAUUCGACCGUAUUGGUGAAUUUCGAGGACUCACAAGCUUGUUGUUAACCCCAAUGUGCCAUGCCACAUAG